AUGCCAAGCCACGCAGCCCACGCUUCCACGGCGCAGCCCACGCAGUUCGAGAUCUCCAUGCGAAAGACGUUCGAGCUCCCCGAGGAGCAGAGGCAGCAGCACGCGGACCGCAUUCUCGAAGCCGCUCGCGACGCGGAACGCAAACUCGAAGGCGGCGAUGCCGGCGGCCUGAGCGACAGACGCGUUCUCCAGAACACGGGAGUGAAGUUCGGGUUGUCGGCGCCGCCGCUUAACUCGGGGCCGAGCAUGGCGACGGUGAACAUGUCGUUCUACCGCUGGGAGAGCGUCACGCCGCCGCCUGUCGUCGACUGGCGUAAGACCGUCGCCAUCACGCCCAUCCAGACGCAGUAUGUGUGCUCAAGCUGUUGGGCGAUCUCAGCUGUCGAUACCAUCGCCAUCAUGUGGGCGAUCGCCAACAACAGCACCGGGACGAAUCUGUCGCCGCAGCAGGUGUGCGACUGCGCGACGAAGCAGUGCUGCCAGGGCGGGUGGCCCGAGUGGGCCUUCUCCUACGUGCUCUUCAACGGCGGCGUCACGGCCAACUCCAACUACCCCUACUCCGCCGUAGAUUCCGCCACGUGUCUGCUUGACACAUCCAUGCCGUCCGUGGCGCAGAUCACGGGGUGGGAGCUGGUGCCGGCAUUCAACGCCAUGGCGCUCAUGAAGGCCGUCAGCAUGCAGCCCGUCGUCGCCUUCAUCAGCGCCUCCGCCGCCGACUUCACCGCGUACUCAAGCAAUAGCGUGCUGAACAUUUACAACGGCGUGUGCACGACGGACGUGAACCACGCGGUGGUGGUGGUGGGCUUUAACUACACGGGGCCGGACCUUAAAGGCAGCUACUGGAUCAUCAAGAACUCAUGGUACGCCACGUGGGGCGACCGCGGCUACAUGUACCUCGCCAUGACGCCCGACGUGCGCGGGAAAUGCGGCCUCUUAUCGUACGUUUCUGAACCCACUCUCGACACGCAUUCCACAGGACUC